AUGCUGCCGUACCGCACCCCUUUGUUGUGUGUGGAUGGGUUCUCUCUCUCUCUCUCAAACUCUCUCAAACUCUCUCAAACUCUCUCUCUCUCUCUCAAACUCUCUCUCUCUCUCUCUCAAACUCUCUCUCUCUCUCUCCAUCUCUCUCAAACUCUCUCUCUCUCAAACUCUCUCUCAAACUCUCUCUCAAACUCUCUCUCUCUCAAACUCUCUCUCAAACUCUCUCUCUCAACUCUCUCUCUCAAACUCUCUCUCUCUCAAACUCUCAAACUCUCUCUCUCUCUUGGCUUUUUUUUUUUCUGCACGACGACGAGCCCAACGCAGACCCGAGCCAGGAGGUGCCUGUCGGUUGAUGCAUUGGGUUUCACCAAGCUGAAGCUGCAAUUGGACCGGACACGAACAAGAGCGACCAUGGCCCUCAAGUCCAUUGUCAAUUGGGUGGACCGCGCCGUCGCCCAGGACGAACCCAUCUCAGUGCAAGAUGCAAAGUCCAUCGGCAUUCUCCUCACCACGGCCAUGCAGGAGGCACCACAAUUCUCCUUCUCGCCCCACAAACUUGCCGGCAUGCUUGCUACCCUCAAGCAGGAACGUGAGGUGACGGCCCAGUCUUUCCGAGACUACACAGAUCACCGCUUUCUGCUCCAUCAGCAGUUUGGCGAAGCUCGCGAUGCCAUUCGUCAAGCUCUCAUGGAGAUAGGCUCGCUUGAUCUCCAGCGGCAACCAGGAACCCCUCACGAUCCAAACGCCAGCUCAUCGGAGCCCCUUCGUGGCAACGGUAUUGAAUCUGUGAAGGACCUCCUCACGGAAAAGGACGCCAAGAUUUGGGAGCUUCGCAAGCAGCUCGUUAAUCUGCACGGCCGCUUGGCUGCCAGUCGCAAAGCGGACGACCCUGAACUCCCCGCCAUUCAAGACAUUGCCGAUCUUGAGGAACACGGUAGUCAGCACUUGGAUGAACUGCUCUCCUAUAUACCCGAAGAUGCGCAGGAUGCUGCUCGCGCUAUCAUCUCGCGCCUCACCGUCGACGUUGAACAAGCCCGAGCUGCCGAACGGUUGGCCGAGAGCGAGGCCGACAAUCUUCGCCUCCGCAUGUCCGAGAUGGCCUCUGCAGCCUUAAUCAAGCAACAUGGUUAUGAGGAGCUCUCAAAUUUCUCCCAGGAAAUUGCCAAGGAGCUCCGAUGUGUCCGUGACGAAAACCAGGCGUUGAAACUGCGAUUGGCCGAGCCCGCACCGGAUGUUGUACAUGCCGACGACGAGCAUGAGCUCUUGACCGCUGACAUACAGCAAUUGCGCGCUAGCCUGGAACUGGCGCAGACUGAGCUAUUCAACGCAGCCGACGAAAAUCACCAGCUGCAGCAACAACUGUCCUUUUUCGAGGAAAAAGUGGCCACUCUAACCGACCAACUCGUGGAGCAGCUCGAUGACAAGGACGCCCAACUUCUUGAAGUCAUUGCUGAGAAGAAGGCGCUCGUUGAAUCGCAUGACGCCCUGCAAGAGGAACUACAUGUCAAGGAGAUGCGACUCGUCCGGGAAGCCGAGGCCAAAGACACCAUUGCCGUGAAGUUACAAGAAGUGGAGGCUGACUAUCGCACUCUGCUUCUCCAAAGCCUCACCCACCAACGGUACAACAACAACAAUAACAACAACAACAAUAACAAUAGUGCUCCAGCCUCGCCGGUCAAAGCCAACGGCCACCCGCGGGACCGCUCCUCUCCGAGCCCCGUACCUAGCCCCUUGCAGCAUCAUCGUCCACGCACCGACUCUUCCAACUCCAGCUACACGGGCCUUAUCCGCGAACGUCACCUCCUCGCAGAGCAACAACCGGGUGCCGCGGAUUGUUCCGAGGGCCAGGAUGAGCUCUCGCGCUUUCGACAAACAGAGUCUGCCAACAGUCGCCGGGAGAGCAGUGGCAUGGAGGACGAGCAACUACAGGCUGAAAUGGCCUCACUUCGGCGCGCCACCGCUGGCUACCAGGCCACCAUCCAAGAGCAAAGCCAUGAGCUACAGAGCCUUGUAGGCAAGGUUCAGGCUCAGCGCCGUGAGAUUGAUCGUCUUUUGGAAGCAGACGAGCGCUGCCAACAACUCACCGCCCAGCUUGCCGAAGCCGAGAAAAAUAUUGCUACGUUGGAAGCCGAGAGCGAGUCGCGCGAGCGGUUGGCGCAAGAAGUAGCUGCAACACAGGCUGCCGAAGCCGGCAAGGAGUCAGACCUCAACAUCGCCAUCAUGCAACAAGAACUGCACGCUUUCAUGAACCAUCACGGUACGAUCGUACGAGCCCAUGGACAAGCCAUCGCGCAAAUGCAAGCCAACCACGAUCGUCAAGCUCAGCGUCUCAGGGACAAGCUGCACCACGAGCGCGCAAAGCGUCUUCGCCACGACCAGCGACUGAUUGACAUCAAAGAGCAGUCAGCUGGCCUGGCCCGACUCAACGAGUCGUUGUACGUGGCCCUGCAGCGCGCCCAGAACGCCAAUGCUUCCGUGCGGCGUCGAACCUCGCUCAUUCUACCCGGCGACGAGGGCGCUCACACGAACACGGAGACAGCGCUCCGCCGCGUCAUCUCGAUUUUGGACCGCUCCAUGUCUGGCACCGAGUUGUUGGAUGGUAGUCACGUGCCUGGCUCUGAUCAGGCAGGCCUAGUGGAGCAAGCGCUCACUCUCUUGCGACCCGUUGCUGAGCACAUGUCUGCCCUUGGUGGGGACAUUAAUGCCCUCCACGAACUACAAAUGCUGGAGGAGGAGCGCGAGCAGCUGCGCACGCAGAUGCAGGAGCUACGCGAGUCAUACGAUCGCGAACACCACCGAUUGCUCGAGGCAGAGAAGGGACUAAAUGUCUUGCGCCAGGCCAAUCGCCAGCUGGAAUUGGACAAGCGCUCAGUCAACACCAAGUUCCAGGAGUUGUCCCUUGCCCUCAAUGAAGCCACAGCUCGUAUUGGUGACCUGUACGUGGAAAACACGCGCCUUUUGACUGAGUUGCGCAAGGAAAAGCGCCAGCGCACUUCUAUGGAUAGCGUUGACCUUGAACAUGCUGCUGAGGCAGCCAAUGCCACUGCCGCCGAGCAUACGCCUUCGCCGCUCCCUCACGAAGCAUCUCAAGCAAUCAUUGGCCCCGACGACGGCCCACCCGAUGAUGCGUCACCGCCUGGCGAAGUGGUCGAGCUUCAGCGAGCUCGAGCUCGCUUGCGGGCCCGACUUGCUGAGGUGUCUGGCUUGGCGCAGAGCGAGGAUCUAUCAGAGGCCGACCUUCUGACAGCAACUGAGGGUCGUCUUCGCAGCACGAAAAACGGCACUGGAAACGGCACUGAGAACGGCGCCGUGAAUGGCACUUCCGCAAGUAGCGACAUCACCGAGUCCAAUUCCAAUUCAAACGCUUCAAUCCAAGAAAUGCAGGUUGAACUUGAGGCUUACAAGCAGACCAUCCGCAAGUUGGAGGAUGAAAACAAGCAUCUUCUUCUGGCAUUGACCAGCGGCAACAGCAAAGCCGUGGAUGCUGACGUUACGCAGCUGCAUGAGGAGAACCAGGGCAUGCAUGAACAGCUGCGCGCUGCGGGGUCUGCCCCUGCACACAAUGGUGCCCUUGAUGCGACCGCACACCAGCUUGAAGCAGACAAGGCCAAGUUAGCCGAGCAAUUAGAAGAGGCUCUGCGUGCCGGGGUAGUUCAGCGAGAUCGCCUGGCGCGGCUUGAAGCUGAAAAUGUGCGCUUGCAAGAUGUGGCCGCUGCAGCAGCAGAACUUACUGCCGAAAACAAUCGACUCAGCGCGUUGCUUGAACAGGAACAAGACGUAACGCAAGACUUGGAAACGACAAUGGAAACUGGUCGCCGGCAGUUUGACACGGUUGUGGCAGAACAGGCUGCCUUGUUGCAGCAGCAAGCCCUUGAACUUGAGCAUGCGCGCAAAGAUAUGGAGCAACUCCAGCAGGCCGCGCUCGAUUUCGAGACCCAGCUUGGCGCAUUGCAAGCACAGCUGACCACCGCUGAGCAGGACCGAGAUGCAGAAGCAGCACAGGCCGCACUCUUGCGCGAUGCUCUGACAAAGUUGACCAAUCAGGCCGAUGGCAUGAAGGGAGAGCUCUUGCGGGAACUCGGUGAGAGCAAGACUCGCUACGAGUCGCAGGUCGAACGCCUGCGCCAGCAAAAUCACAAGUUGCAACGCGACCUUGUGGAUCUGCGCUCAAGUACUGAUACGCUCAUUGCAGAUAAGGACGAAGAGCUGGACAGUGCCACCGGCCAACUUCAAGAGCUUUAUGACCAGCAAAUGUCAAAUCGUCGCGAGCAGGACCGCCACGUCAAGGAGCUGGAGGAGCAGGCGCAGGCGGCUCGUCGGGAGUUAGACGUGGCUCUGGCUGAAAAUGAGCAAUUGCGAGGUCAACUGCUAGAUACGAGUCUUGAGGAGACGCCUGCCAUCAAGGCAUCUCGGCUCACGGGCUCGCCGCUUCGCUCGCGCGAUUCGGUUGUGAACUGGGACGUCAAUGACAUGAGCAUUGCAGAGCUUCAACUUGUAGCUGAGCAGGUCUCCGAGGCACUUGCUCGGCAUGACCCGGAGCAAGCGCCGGACUUGGCGCGCCUCCAAACAGAACUGCAGCAGCUGCAGCGGGCCAGUCAAACGUGGCCCCUUUUCCGGGCUCUUCAAGCCAUUCCGCGCCCAGCAGGUCUCGAGCCUUUGCCACCGAGCCCAUCGCGACCUUCAAAUAACAAGCCCGGCCCAACUGACCCAUCAGAGAAGCGCUAUUGGAUUGCAAAGGUGGAAGAACUAACACAACAGAUGCAGCAAAGCUCUAGCUUUUGGAGCGCCAAGGUGCGCGCGGCCACAACAAACCUGGAUACCUAUCAAGAGGCCUGUCACCAACACGUGGAACGCGCUGCUGCUGCCUACCAACACAUGGUGGACCUCUUGCUCCAGCUUUGUCAGGCCAUGCUUCGUGUCACAUCUACCGUUGGGAAAGCACACACGGACAGAGGUGUCAAUACCCAAGUUCAAGUGGCUCUCAACGUUGCUUUCGAUGUGACACAGCAAAUUCGACGCCUCGCCAACUUGCAACAGGCCCCAGAUGUUGUUGUGCCUGAGCAGUAAAGGAGAUCACUUUGGUUGUGUAAUAUUUUUUUAUUUUUAUUUUUCCCCCCUCCCGCUUUCGUUUGUCCUCGCUUGCUCAAGCGGAGGCAGCCGAAAAAGGUGAGCGGACGAUAAUAAUAGGAUUGUUGGUGCUAGUCCUGACAUUUUGAGAUAUCCGUCGUGGUUUUCCAUCCACACAUUUGGUUCUGUUUCUUCCUCUGGUAUUUGUUUGUCUGUCGACUUUCUAAUUGACAUGGGAAUUCU